GCAUCCUUACCGUUCCAUUAACGCAUCUUUAACAAUUUUUUUAUUCUUUUGUUUAUUUUUCUGCUAUAAAUGUCCGAUCCUUUUCACCUCAGAUUCUGCCUCAUCUGAAAGCCUCUGCGUCUGCACUAUACUAUAGCAUUUGCAUUUGCUCUCUCAGUCACUUCUUUCAAUACAAUGUCAGAUCUUGAGGCCCCACUACGCCCCAAGAGGAAGAAGAUUUGGGUGGACUAUUUUGUCCAGUUCCGAUGGAUUUUGGUUAUCUUUGUUGUCCUCCCUAUCUCCUUCACAUUGUACUUCAUGACAUAUCUUGGGGACGUCAGAUCUGAGUGCAAGUCCUUCAAGCAGCGUCAGAAGGAACACGAUGAAAAUGUCAAGAAAGUAGUGAAACGCCUCAAACAGAGGAAUCCAUCCAAGGACGGCCUUGUCUGCACAGCUCGGAAACCCUGGAUUGCUGUUGGAAUGCGCAAUGUGGACUACAAGCGCGCUCGGCAUUUUGAGGUUGAUCUCUCUGCAUUCCGAAAUAUCCUCGAAAUCGAUAGAGAGAGAAUGAUUGCCCGAGUUGAGCCUCUGGUCAACAUGGGGCAGAUAACCAGGGUUACUGUCCCGAUGAAUCUUGCCCUUGCAGUUGUUGCUGAACUUGAUGAUCUGACUGUUGGUGGCCUCAUCAAUGGCUACGGUAUUGAAGGAAGUUCCCAUAUCUAUGGCCUGUUUGCUGAUACGGUUGUGGCCUAUGAGAUUGUUUUAGCCGAUGGGCAGGUUGUUAGGGCUACAAAGGACAAUGAAUAUUGUGAUCUUUUCUAUGCUAUCCCGUGGUCUCAGGGAACGCUGGGGCUUCUUGUUUCUGCUGAGAUCAAGCUUAUUCCAAUUAAGGAGUACAUGAGGCUGACUUACAAACCUGUAGUGGGUAAUCUGAAAGACAUUGCUCAGGCAUAUAUAGAUUCUUUUGCACCAAGAGAUGGGGAUCAGGAUAAUCCCGAGAAGGUUCCAGACUUUGUAGAAACCAUGAUCUAUACUCCAACUGAAGCUGUUUGCAUGACGGGUAGAUAUGCCUCAAAAGAAGAGGCUAAGAAGAAGGGGAAUGUGACUAACAGCAUUGGUUGGUGGUUUAAACCUUGGUUCUACCAGUAUGCACAAAGGGCACUAAAGAGAGGAGAGUUUGUAGAGUACAUUCCAACUAGGGAGUAUUACCACAGGCACACUAGGUGUUUGUAUUGGGAAGGGAAGCUGAUCCUUCCGUUUGCUGAUCAAUGGUGGUUUAGGGUUCUCUUGGGUUGGUUGAUGCCGCCUAAGGUUUCUCUGCUGAAGGCUACACAAGGUGAAGCCAUCAGGAACUAUUACCAUGAGAUGCACGUCAUUCAGGAUAUGCUUGUACCUCUUUACAAGGUUGGAGAUGCUCUGGAGUUUGUCCACAAAGAGAUGGAGGUAUAUCCCCUCUGGCUCUGCCCUCACAAACUGUACAAGCUCCCCUACAAAACAAUGAUAUACCCAGAACCUGGAUUUGAACUACAUCACAGGCAAGGCGACACACAUUAUGCUCAGAUGUACACAGAUGUUGGUGUUUACUAUGCACCGGGACCUGUCUUGAGGGGUGAGGUAUUCAAUGGGGCGGAGGCGGUUCAUAAUAUGGAGAACUGGUUGAUUGAAAACCACGGUUACCAGCCUCAGUACGCUGUGUCUGAGCUUUCAGAGAAGAACUUUUGGAGGAUGUUUGAUGCAGGGCUGUACGAGCACAGCCGUAGCAAGUACGGAGCUGUCGGGACCUUUAUGAGUGUGUACUAUAAGUCGAAGAAAGGGAGGAAGACUGAGAAGGAGGUGCAGGAAGCUGAGCAAGCCCAUCUUGACAUGGCUUAUGCAGAAAUUGAUCAGCCGGUGGAUUGAUUGAUUGGUUUUUGAAGUGAACUUGGAAUUUUCUGGUAGGGUUUCUCUUGCUCGUGUCAUUGUCCUUUCAUUUCUGGAUUCUGUAAUUUCUCUCUUUUGUCUUCCCCUCUUGUUGAGUUUGUUGGUAGUUGCACAUUUUUGGUAGCUGAACUUCUUAACAAGUCAGACUAGACUGUUUGAAUGUUGAUGGCCUCUCUUAGGAAAAUUAUUCAAUAGUCUCGGAGUGCAUUGUGUUGCAUAUGAUGCCCCUGACCAACGAGGCUCCGUGCAAAAGGGAUGAAUGGAUGGGGCUCAUCUUGUCUCUCACGUAAGCCCAACUGACCAAGGUGGGUCAAGUCGGCUCUAUUUAUCUCUUAUUGCAAUUAUUGGUUUAGAAAUUCCAUUUCAAUGUGUUGAGUUGGUGCAAGUUCUUUCCUCUCUCUCUCUCUCUCUGUUAGUUUUGGUCGUUGAACAUUUUUGGGUAGCUGAACUUCUCACAAGUCGGACUAAAUUGUUUGAAUGUGCACGUGGUGUUUCCAAUCAAUGAUCAAUGAGGCUGUGCAAAAGGAGUGGAUGGAUGGGAACGAUUUUGUCUCCCACCCAGGUCAAACCUAUCAAGGUGGGUUAGGUCGGCUCUAUUCAUGACUCGAGUACUGCACAUAUUGGUUCAGGAACACCAUAUUAGCGUGCUGAGUUGGUGCCUAAAUACUCUCUUUCUCUCUCUCAAAUUUGAUUUCAUUGUGUUAAUACUUUGCUAAAUGAUAGCAAAGGUUUACUUUUGUUGAUAUAAUGCUUUUUGGUUUAUAGCAGUCAUCUCUUGUGGGAAUUGAUCCCAUUG